AGCCUCUAUGGAAGUCGUGAGUUGUAUCACACUAUCACAUAAACACAUUUUCCAUAUUUUUCUCUCGACGUAUAUUUUCUUUCUAGAGCAUAAGUUUGAAGCAGCCAAUAAUGAGGCCUUUCACUGCUGUUUUUCUGGUCGUCCUCCUUGUCUUGGCCGCAGACGUUGGGCCAAGGGUAGCAGAAGCCAGAACAUGCGAAUCACCAAGUCACAAAUUCAAAGGACCAUGCGCUACCAACAGAAACUGUGAAAGUGUUUGCCAAACUGAAGGAUUCCCAGGAGGUGAUUGCAAAGGCCUUCGCCGGAGAUGCUUUUGCACUAGGCCUUGCUAAUUAAAAAGGGACGGAAAGAGUACGUAAUUGUCUUGAAAAUGUAACGGCCCGGGUUGCGAAAAUUGUACUGGCCGAAUGUUAUGUGUUUGUGAAAAAUAAAGAGUGUUAUUUUUAUUGCAUGAAUCUAGAUAACUGUAGUACAUCAUGCAAUAAUAUUAUUGUACGUCCGUUUACUAUGAUUAAAAGGGGUACGUAGCUAAUGUCAUGUCAUCGAUCGUUGUUUGUGUUGAACAAAGCAACUUUUAUCGUAUCAUUUUCCUUAA